GGGGCGUCCAGCGGUGCCCCUCGGCGGGAGGCGGGCGACUUCCGGCAAUAAUUGGACGCUGCAGCUCGGUGCGGUUGGUAACUGUCUCGUCUGCGAGGGAAGCCGCAGGAGAACUAUGCCAUUUCUGGGUCAGGACUGGAGAUCCCCUGGGUGGAGCUGGAUUAAAACUGAGGAUGGAUGGAAAAGGUGUGACUCCUGUAGCCAAGAGCUCAGGAGUGAGAAUAGCCAGUGCACCAUCAACCACAGCAUUAUCUUAAACAAUGGCGAAGAAGAAAUAUUCAGUAAUGAGUGUGAAUAUGCAGCCAAAAAGAGGAAGAAGGAACAUUUUGGAAACAAUACAGCUGCUCACAGUUUUUAUCGUGAAAAAUGGAUCUAUGUCCAUAAAGAAAGCACAAAAGAAAGGCAUGGCUACUGUACCCUGGGAGAAGCCUUCAACCGACUGGACUUCUUAAGUGCAAUUCAGGAUAUUAGAAGGUUCACGUACGUGGUCAAACUACUGCAGCUCAUUGCCAAGUCCCAGUUAACCUCCCUGAGCGGAGUGGCGCAGAAGAACUACUUCAACAUUCUGGAUAAAAUCGUUCAGAAGGUUCUUGACGACCAUCAGAAUCCUCGCCUUAUCAAAGACCUUCUCCAAGACUUAAGCUCCACCCUUUGUAUCCUCGUGAGAGGGGUGGGGAAGUCAGUGUUGGUGGGAAACAUCAACAUUUGGAUUUGCCGCUUAGAAACUGUUCUCAACUGGCAACAGCAGCUGCAGAAUCUUCAGAUGACUAAGCAGGUCAACUCUGGCCUCACACUCAGUGACCUGCCCCUGCACAUGCUGAACAACAUCCUGUACCGUUUCUCAGAUGGCUGGGACAUUGUCACACUGGGUCAGGUGACACCAACCCUGUAUAUGCUCAGUGAAGACAGGCGGCUGUGGAAGAAGCUCUGUCAGUACCACUUUGCGGAGAAGCAGUUUUGUAGACACUUGAUCCUUUCAGAGAAAGGUCACAUCGAAUGGAAGUUGAUGUAUUUCACACUUCAGAAAUAUUACCCGACUAAAGAACAGUAUGGAGACACUCUACAUUUCUGUCGGCACUGCAGCAUUCUUUUCUGGAAGUGGUCCAGAGCUGCGCAGAGGAGUAGAUGCUGAGGAUGGGGUAUUCCGACAGGUGGUGAGCAGUACUUGCCGGAGUCUCCAGCAGGAACAGCUGAGGAGGCUUGUCCUCUCCGACCUUGUCCCUUCUUUCUCAGAAUUAAAAAUGCCAGUGUGUGACAUGUCUCUGCAGCAGCAGUCUGUUCUCUAGGACACUUCUCUAGAACAGGGUUAGCUGAUGUUCAGUUUGUCCUCAGUUCCUUGGUGAGUUUAUGCAUACACAAAAGACAGCCCUCUGGUGUUCCCUCUUCUGUGUCCCAGUCAGAGCAGGGGACACUUCACUGGUGCCCUGAGAAGACGAGGACCUGUCUGUGUCCCAGUCAGAGCAGGUGAGACUGUAAUGUUCAGUGUGAAUUGAUAUAUCUAGAGACUGUCUUUUUGUUUUUUCCCAAGAUUAUUUUAUACUGUAGAGGCAUUAAAGAUAUGGAUGCUUGUAUGAGGGAGGAUACUAAUCAUGGGAUUGAAGGCUUUUAGUUUUGUAUGUGAUAGUGUUUUUCUUGGACAAGUAUCUAAGAGUAUUUGGCACUUUUCUUAUCUGUGAAAGAAAACAGCACAAAGAAACAUGUUUCCCUUCUCUGUGCCAUCUCUGUUGUUGGGCAGUGUGGGAAUGUGCUGCUCAGCUUUCCUGAAAUAUAGAAGCUCUGGUUAUUUUUAGCAGAAAGAUGACUUAUUUUUCCAAAGAAUCGGCCUCUCCUGCCAUAGUGAUCACAUUAUGAAAAGUCAGAACAGGUUAUUACAGGGCAGACCCCUGCUGGUCUUUGCCAUUCUGGGAGACAAAUGGAUGGAGGGUGGCAUCACCCAGCAGGAUGUCUGAGGCUUCAGGGAGCCGUAUUAGCAGUUUCUCCACCUGCCAUCCUUCCAGACCCUGCUCCUUUGAGGAUCCAUUCCCAAACAGAAGUGUGCAAAUGGAAGGAAGCCACCUUCCUUAAUCCCUGCAGCUGGCAGGUAGUCCUCUGCCGCAGCAUACGACUGUCCAGAAGCAGCGUUCUCCUUGGGAGAGCGUGGUGUGCAGUCGGAGGGCCAGGUGACCAGUGUGCUGCGGGUGUGGUAACAUGACCUGACCAAUGGAAAUGUGUUGUGGCUUUGAACAUGGUGCCUGCUGUUAUGUCUGCCUCAGCUUCCUGGGCAAUACUCUCGACUGAGACACUGAGGGAGCCUCACGCCUGUUAGGAAUGUAGAAGAGGGAUGGCUAGUCCUCACUGGAGCCUGGAUAUGGUCAAGAGCCACAUAUGGCUGAGCUGCUUCUUGUCUUAUGCCUGGCAUGUUCCACAGGGACCACCUGUCCUUGUGGGGAUCCUGUGCCUCCUCCCAAGCUGGUUUUUCAUCUGUUCUAGUUCCACUAUACUGGAGUGAUGCUUGUUAAUUUUUCCAGCUACUGCUCAAGACCCGCUCAUUGUUCCCACCCAGGUGACGAGCACACUGAGAAGGCCAGUCAGUGUGCACACGUAUCUCUCCGCCCCUACUCAGUUUCCUGAUGAUGCAGACCCUAUCAGAAGUGUGGGCUCAGAGAGAGAGCUAGGGAAGCCAGAAUGGGGACUUGGCCUUUCUGCGUUCUGUUCUUGUCUCAGUAUCUCAGCAGCCAAGAGAGGGCUGGACACUUAGCAGUGACCCUGAGGUCUCUGGAGGCAGACCAGCCUGGUCCAGACCGACCAGAACCAGUGAUGAGGCGGGGCUCCCGGACUCUUUUUGUCUGUUGGCCGUCUUUGUGAACUACCCCGAAUGAGCAGAGCUGAAAUGCCGUCCCACUCCUGAGCAGGGCAGAGACAGCUCCUCCAGUUAGAGCUCAGGGCUGCCGACCACACGGAAGCAACAGCAGAUGGUAGUGGGCUGCAAGAAAUGAGGUGUGAAAUAGAUGGAGGGCCUCAGGGUGUAUGUAGUUUGCAGUCAGCUACGUAGUUAAUCACAGAGCAGACCCCAGGACAGCGAAAAAGACAGGGGUUUCCUCAACCCCAGAAUUUUUUUUUCAUGGAAAUAUGAGGACUGCUUUGUGCAUUUUUAACUAACACUUAAGUGUUACGGCCUUCCAGAUUGUCAGUUUGGGAAACUUAAGUGGAAAUGGGACUGUUUCUCUUGCCUUGGGCUUCCUCCUUUCUUUCCUUUUUCUUUUUCUUUAUUUUUGAAACAUUUUUCCCUCUGUGGCCCUGGCUGGCCUGAGACUCUUUAUGUAGACCUCUAAUUCAUACGAGAUCGACCUGUCUUUCCCUCCCAAGUGCUGGGGUGAAAGGCACUGGCUCCCACGCCUGGCUUUGUCCUAGGCUGUCUUUAACUAUCCGAAUGUCAGGUACAGUGGUGCUGUCUUUUGAGAACAUUUUAUAUUGCUCGGUGCCUCAGUUAUUUUCACAAUGUGUGCUUCAGACCUGAAGGCCUGGUUCCUCCUUCUCCAUCUAACCCUGACUCUCUUUCCUCCCUCUGCUGCUCCCUCGCUGCCUCUUCACGG